GCGAGGAAGGGAAUGUGAUCCUCUCCCUGUCAAGCCUGUAGAGCUGCAUCUUACAUGUCUGAGAGAAACCCACAGCCAGUAUAUUUCUACAUGGGUUUAAAUGGAGUGAGGAGUUUGGUUUUAAGGAGAUUUGUAGCGUCUCUGGAGGAGCAGUCCUCUCUGCAUUGCAGCACUGUGGCUGAGGAGAGCGGGGAGAAGAGAGCCUGUGUGGCACACCGAGCUGAGCACCCAAUCAGGCACCUCCGUGUGGUGCUCAAGCCAAUCGGCAGUGUGCAGCCGAGGUUAAAGAUUGACAAUUGCAGGAGAGAGCAGCAGGGAGAGAAGGCCUUCUGGGAAACCUGGACCCAUCCUUCCCUCAUCCCCCAACGCCCUCAAUAAUUGAAAAGAUUAAAGAAUAGGCUGAAGAAUCUGUAUGUGAGAGAGGAAAAAAGGACAGGAUGCUGCUGGUGCAGAUUGUCUGAGGAUGUCCAGACAGGUUAGAUGAGGAGGCCAGCAAAGCCAUUUCACUGCACUCCUGUCUGUCUCUGUGGAUGUGCUGUAUUCCUCCCUCUCUCAUGUCAUUCUUCUUCCGUGGUAGAGGAAGAAGAGGGGGGGAUGGUGAUGAGAUGCUGAACAAAAAUAUUGAGAAGGAGGCAGUGUUUUGUUUUUAGUGAAUGACUGUCUGUUCCUCAUACUACACAAUCAAGUGGGACUAUAUCAGGACUAACUGUAAUAAAAACAGGAGCCAUCUGAACAGUGAGGCCAAAGCAUGCUGUGGCGUCAGAGACAAUGGAACAACAUGAGGCUGAACACCAGAGCACCUGCAAACCAAGUGUAACAGACGACAGUGACAAAUCUGAGACAACAACAGAGGAAAUGGAGAUCUCGACAAGAUCCAAAGACACAGGGUCAACAGAAAGGAUUACUCAAAAACGUAAGAUACCGAGUCCUUCUCACUCAUCCAACGGUCACUCCUCUGCUGAAACAUCCCCCUGCCCUGUGAAGAAGAAGAAGAAACCAGGUGCUCUAAGCAGCAGCAAAGACCAGUCAGAACUAAGACAUGGUCCCUUUUACUAUGUGAAGCAGCCAGCACUCACCACAGACCCUGUUGAUGUUGUACCGCAGGACGGCAGGAAUGACUUCUACUGCUGGCUGUGCCACCGCGAGGGCCAGGUGCUCUGCUGUGAGCUCUGCCCCAGGGUGUACCACGCCAAGUGCCUUAAACUACCGUCUGAGCCAGAAGGCGACUGGUUCUGUCCGGAGUGUGAGAAAAUAACAGUUGCUGAGUGUAUAGAGACUCAGAGCAAAGCCAUGAUGAUGCUAACUAUAGACCAGCUGUCUUACCUUCUUAAGUUUGCCCUUCAGAAGAUGAAACAGCCAGGUGAUCAUCCCCGCUUGUCAUCUCGCUCCCCCCAUGCAGCUCCCACGCAGAGAAAGACUUUUAAUUGGACCGAACCCUUCCAGAAACCUGUAUCUCUAGAGCAACAUCCAGAUUAUGCAGAGUACAUUUUUCACCCUAUGGAUCUUUGCACACUAGAGAAGAAUAUCAAAAAGAAAAUGUAUGGCUGCACUGAGGCCUUCUUGGCUGAUGCAAAAUGGAUUUUGCACAACUGUAUUAUUUACAAUGGAGGCAAUCACAAACUCACAGCGACAGCUAAAGUGAUAGUAAAAAUCUGUGAGCAUGAGAUGAAUGAGAUUGAAGUUUGUCCCGAGUGUUAUCUAUCUGCUUGCCAAAAGAGAGACAACUGGUUUUGUGAGCCUUGUAGUAACCCGCACCCUCUAGUGUGGGCUAAACUGAAAGGAUUUCCAUUCUGGCCUGCUAAAGCUCUGCGGGACAAAGAUGGACAGGUGGAUGCUCGCUUCUUUGGUCAGCACGACAGGGCUUGGGUUCCUUUAAAUAAUUGCUACCUCAUGUCCAAAGAGAUUCCAUUCUCUGUGAAGAAGACAAAAAGCAUCUUCAACAGUGCCAUGCAGGAGAUGGAGGUCUAUGUGGAAAACAUGAAAAAAAAGUUUGGGGUUUUUAACUAUGCCCCCUUCAGGACACCCUACACUCCUGACAAUAACUUCCAGAUGCUGCUGGAUCCCUCAAACCCUUCAUCAACGCCUGUCAAAUCUGAGAAACAGGAGAAGAUCAAGCUGAGUUUUGAUAUGACUGCGUCCCCUAAGAUUGCUUUGUCCAGGACCAUGUUGUCUGGAGUGGGGAUGAGCACCACGAGCAGGCGGCUUCCUCUCAGUGAGAUGCCACGUUCUCCCAUGAGCACUAACUCCUCUGCCCAUACUGGCUCGGAUGGAGAACAAGAGUCAGCAGAGAAGUCCCAAUCAAAGGCUCCAAACUGCCAGUUCAGCACAGGAGAGGACUCCAUGGACUGCACAGCAUCACCAGCCCAUCCCAGACCUGGACCUAACAGCAGUUCCUUGGACAGCCCCAAACCCUUCCACUCUCCAGCUCCCGGCAUCUCAAAGCAGGAGAAGACGCCCCCCACUGGAAGCAUUCUGAACCUCAAUCUAGACAGGAGCAAAGCAGAAAUGGACCUGAAGGAGCUCAGUGAAACAGUUCAGCAGAAACAAGAAGCCAAACCAGUCCUCACCUCCCCAAAGAGACAGAUCAAGAGCCGUUUUCAGCUCAACUUAGACAAAACAAUUGAGAGCUGCAAAGCACAGCUGGGGAUAGAUGAGAUCUCUGUUGAUGCAUAUAAAGGUGUGGAACAGAGUGAAUCAGACGACUCUGACAAAUCUGACUCCAGUGACAGCGAGUAUGCCAGCGAUGAGGAGCAAAAGACCAAGGACGGUCAGGAUACAGAACAAAGUGAAGAUGCACAGAAGGAGCCGGCAAAAGGUAAAGUCAAAGAUCAAGUUCCUCUGAGCCAGGAUAAGGAGGGUAGGGCUGGGUCGCUCAUGGCAUCUGAGUCUGCAGCAGACGACACCGCUACAACAGGAGCAGAUGCUUCAACUAAAGUGAAAACAAGCAAAGAUUCAGAAAAGGACAGCUCAGAGAAGUCCAAAGGAACUCCAAAAUCAACUAGUCCCAGAGAGAAGGCUCAGGUGAAGGAUGAAGCAAAGCAAUCUGGUCCCGUGGAGGACUCUGACUCGGAAAGAGAGCUGGUUAUUGACCUCGGAGAGGAGCAGGGAGGCAAGGACAGGAAGAGGAGCAGGAAAGACAACAAUACUGUUAAGGAAUCAUCUGCUAAUAAACUUGAAGGUAAAGCCCAGGCCUCCUCGACACCUUCUUCUCAAAGCUCUACAGCACCUUCUACACCCUCCAGUGUUUCCACACAGUCCACUUUGGCCAUCCCUGUCUCCAUGGUCUCCUUCACUACUCCUUCUCCCGCCACAAUAAGCCUUACAACUGUGUCCAGUGCCACUGCUGCUCCCCCCUCAUCCUCCUCCCCUUCGACUCCAACAACACCAGCACUGAAGAAACAGCGCCCCCUGCUGCCCAGAGAGACUGUACCAGUUGUGCAGAGAGCCGUGGUGUGGAAUACAACUGCCAAGUUUCAGACCUCCUCUCAGAAGUGGCACAUGCAGAAAGUGCAGCGUCAACAACAGAACCAGCAACCGGUGGCGACCGCACAGGCACCGACAUCGUCUCCCAAGCAAGGCCAGGCUCAAGUAGUGCUUACCCAGGCAACUGGGAACGGCUCGACAACAGUAUCCACAUCUGCAACACAGCAGUCUUCACAAAGCACACGAUAUCAGACAAGACAGGCCGUUAAAGCUGUUCAACAAAAAGAUGCCCCACACGGCACAUCUACGUCAGCUGUCACUCUCGUAUCCAGUAGUCCAGCUUCUGUCUCCAUGAUGGCAGCGUCAAGUUUAGGCACAGCCGCUACGUCCUCACCAGCGGCGACAGACCUCUAUAUUCCAACUGCCUCAGCUGAUGUGGCUGCAGACAUUGCCAAGUACACCAAUAAAAUAAUGGAUGCAAUAAAAGGUACCAUGACAGAAAUAUACAACGAUCUUUCUAAGAACACUUCAGGGAAUACAAUAGCAGAGAUAAGAAGACUAAGAAUCGAAAUAGAAAAAUUACAGUGGCUACAUCAACAAGAGUUGUCAGAAAUGAAGCACAACCUUGAGCUGACAAUGGCUGAGAUGAGGCAAAGUCUGGAGCAGGAGAGAGAGCGGUUGGUGUCUGAGGUAAAGAAACAGAUGGAGCUGGAGAAGCAGCAGGCAGUGGAUGAGACUAAGAAGAAACAAUGGUGUGCUAACUGCAGGAAAGAGGCCAUCUUCUACUGCUGCUGGAACACCAGCUACUGUGAUUACCCCUGUCAGCAGGCUCACUGGCCAGAACACAUGAAGUCCUGCACUCAGUCAGCAACAGCCCCACAGCAAGAACCUGAGGCUGAGUCCACAGCUGACCUCCCAAACAAAGGCUUAGGUCAGACUAGCAGUGGUCAGAAUUCAGUUAGAGACACACCAGUCUCUGCACCCACUGACAAAGACUGUGACACGGAGAAGAACCCUGACAACGCUGCUGUCACUUUGUCCUAACCAAGUCUACUAUACUUGAAAAUGUAAAUGUUUGGAUGUUUUUUUUCCACUACAAUACUUCUUUGUAAAUUGUUCUGUUCAAGAAGCUGUUAAGGGAACAAUCUAAAUUCUUAAUGUUAUGUUUGUGUGACAGCACUUGUAACCACUGGAGGGGGCAUUUCAAAAAACAAAAGGUAUACUGAAUAUAUCAUGCUUCCCUUUGCAGUGUAUAGAGAAAUGUCAGUAUUAUGAUCUUAAAGGCAUGCCUGAGUAUCACAAAACAUACACAUUCUGUAAAGGACUGCAGUUAAACAGUUUAAAACUGUAAAAAUGUAACCAAUACUGGACAACCCCAGUCUUAGAUAGAAGGACUGUUGACAGAAAUGUCUGUAAAUUACUUAUUUUGUAUUCUGUGUUAAAUUAUUUGUUAUUUUAAUGUUGCCUGCUGUAUUCUACAAAGAAAAUAACGACUACAAAAUUAAAAAAAGUUGUUUCUAUGGUUA